AUGCAAAAACUUGCUUAUAAUAUUGUUAAGUCUCAUUUUGAUGAUACAUCAGUCGAGAAAGAGCCAUUAUGUCUCAUUAUAAAUGGUGUUGCAGGAACUGGUAAAAGUUACCUUAUUAAUGCUAUUAGAAAUCUUUUGCAAAGUAAAUGCUACCACAGGUAAAGCUCUAUUAAAAUUACCUGUAUAAAAGUCAAGAGGUAAUAAAAGACCUAACCGGACAAAGCUUGUGUAGGUUACAAGAGAGUGUUAAUAACAUUGGAUACAUCAUUAUUGAUGAAUACUCUAUGCUUGGCCAAGUUACUUUUGGUUGGAUAGACAAGCGUUGCAAACAAGCAACUGGUUGUAAUGACAAAGUAUUUGGAGGAAAAUCGUUGAUUUUAACUGGUGAUCCAGGUCAAUUGCCACCAGUAGCAGAUAAACCUCUUUACCAUGCUAGACCAUCAAAUGCUGUUGGUGAACAAGGUCAUCAAGCAUAUCAUAUGUUUGACAAAGUUGUUAAACUCACUGUAAAUCAACGUGUGCAAGGUAUGACAUCUGAGCAGGUACAGUUCAGAGAUUUGUUAUUACGACUUCGCAAAGGUGACUCGACAGUUGAUGACUGGAAGUUACUUCUGACACGUCAACCAUCAAAUGUUACUAAUUUAUGUGACUUUGAAGAUUCUACUAGACUCUUUUAUAGUAAUGAACAAGUUGGUAAUUACAACCAUGAGCAGCUAACAAAACUUGAACAUCCAGUGGCUCAUAUUAAUGCUCGCCAUUCAUCAGCAUUGGCCAAAAAAGAUAUCCUCAGAUGA